GGGAGGUGUACUACGUAACGGCUGCGAGAGCUACCGGGGCCAGAGGCGUCAGCCGUGGGACUUUGCUCCUGUCCUGCCGCCGCCAUGGCUGCCCCGGGGCCAGUACGGCUCCUCAGGGCUGCCGCCGCCGCUUCCUCCCGCCGCUGGCUCUUCACCGCCUCGCCGGCAGCCGGGACGAGAGCAGGCUGCGGCAGCGGCGCCGCUGCCGUGAAGGCAGCCCGGCUCUUCAGCCUCUCUGCCCGAGCGGUGCUCAGCUCAGAAGAUAAAAUAACUGUUCAUUUCAUAAAUCGUGAUGGUGACAAACUAACAGCCAAAGGAAAACUUGGAGAUUCACUGCUCGAUGUUGUUGUUGAUAAUAAUCUAGACAUAGAUGGUUUUGGUGCAUGUGAAGGAACACUAGCCUGUUCAACUUGUCAUUUAAUCUUUGAAGAUCACAUAUUUGAGAAACUAGAUGCAAUUACUGAUGAAGAAAUGGACAUGUUGGACCUGGCAUAUGGCCUCACAGAAACAUCACGUCUGGGCUGCCAAAUCUGCCUGAAGAAAUGGAUGGAUGAUAUGACUGUUCGAGUACCAGAAACUGUUGCUGAUGUUAGACAAUCAGUAGACUUGAGUAAAAACUCCUAAAAGAAAAUACCUUGGGAGUUUCAAAGAAGCUUAAUUAUUUUUAUAACUUAUUUUUAAAUGUGUAAUUAAAUAUGGGAACUUACAUAAUUGUGAGUUAUUUUAUAUGACUAUCAAUAUUAGAUUAAUGCUAUUUUAAUUUUCUUUAUAGAACCUCCUAUAUUUUUACGCUUAAAAUGCAAUAAUACUUCUUAUAAGUGAUCAUUGGAUUAUAAACAUUAGCAAGUGUAUUAUGUAUUUCAUAUAACAUUAUUCUGCCAAAACCUUUAAUGAUGUUUGAAAACUGGAUCACUUCUAGAAAACCCUGUAUGUUCCUAGGUGUCAAACCUGGGUAUAUAAGAGAACAAAACUUGUGCAUGGGGUCUUUUUAAAGUGUUGUCAUUAAAGAUGAUAUGCUCAGAGCUAAUUCACCUUCUCAGUAAAUAUAAUACUUCCUCAGCAAGUAGUGGAUUUUCAGGGUAGAUUUUUCCAAACUUUGGAACCUUAAUGAGAUGUGGCAAAUUUUGUUGUGCAAAAAUACUGUUAAAACCUAGGGGGCAAUACAGGAUAUUGGCAACUGCAGCUUUACUGCUGCAGUGCAUCUCUGUGGCCCAAAUCAGAAGUCAGUAAACCUUAACUGCAUUUAUGUUUUAUUACACCACGAACAUGGGGAUAUGCUUGGUGUAGAAGAGUAGAGCCUUGGAGCUGCCUAGUGGGAGAGCAGAACCACUGGAGGUAGCUGUAAGUUCUUGUUGUUCUCUGAAAAUGGAUGAGUUAGGUUUGAAGAGGGCAGUAUUUGGCAACAGAAGAUUUGCUUCGAAAUCCUUAUAGCUUUUUCAGUUUUGAGCUUGUUCAGGAGUCAGACUGAUGUUAUCUAGAACAUUCAGGUUAAGGAAAGCCCUAGAUUCUGGACCUUGUCUUCAGAUCAUUUCAAGAAUGGUUGAUAUGGAAUGGUUGAGUAUAUUUAUUCCAUCAAGAUCAGCCAGGUUCCCGAGAAGGGCUUGGUAGAUGACCGUGCUGGGAUAGCAUGGUGACUGAUGCUGAAGAGAUUUCAGUUGGAUCUUGUCUUAGUCUUUCUAAAGUAGACUAAAUAAAACGUCUCUAUGGUUCUUAAUGAUCCUCUCCUUUUUUGUUUCCAAAAUACUUCAAUUAAAUGGUUGUCACUAAUACAACAGUUAUUACUUUUAUAAGGUUACUCUAAUAUUUUUGCCUUAUUGAUAUAUAUAAAAUAUUUGCAUUUGAACUACCUAAUGCAUUCAUUAAUGCCUUAGUUGAACUGGUGGCAAUGACAUCUUUUCUUGCAGUAUUAUGCUUAUGGGAGAGGGGAAAAAAUACAUUUUUUUCCAGUGUUGAAUAUUGUGAUUAUUUUGAGCUUCAUAAAGAGGGAUUAAAAAAAAGUCCCUCUUUGUUUUAAGAAUAAAUAUUUUCUAAGUUGCAUUGAAACUAGACCUAGUUCAGAUUCUUUUUUUUUUUUUUCUGCCUGAAGCAGCCAUUGCUUUGUUUCUUGGUGUUCCCUUUGGACUUUCCCCUAAACUAAAAUGCAUUUAAUGUGAUCUACUCAGACCUUAAUCAUGUAGGGUGUUCAGAAUGUGCACAUAGAAAGUGCAAUCUCAGAGUUGAAAUUUCCUGGCUCUCUGAAAACAGAGCAAGAUUAAAGAGAAGAAAAGGCAGAAAUAAAUUGAAGAAAUAUGCUGAAGAUACUGCUGUGACUCUACCCAUAAUCUGGAGGGAAAUCUCACUUUGUAUUGCCUUUGUCCUGAUUUCAUUUAUAAACAGUAAUUAUUAUAAUCUCAAACUUUGAGGUUUUUUUACAUAAGACACAGUCUUUUUGGCUUCCGAGAGAGGGAACUCAGGUCAUAACCAGAGGUACUGUGCAUUCUUACAUCAGAAAGAAGUCUGAGGUUCCAAUAUAGCUGUGAAGUUUAGGCAUAAACGUUGGUGAUGUGUUGCUAUUCUUACAUACAGCACCAGUCACUUCUUGAGGAAGUCUUGAAGUGCUUAACACUGUGUUAAACAAAUGCGAAACAACUCUCAUGCAACAGUUUUCUUUCUAAGCCAAGGUUGUUUCAUUGUGUGUUUCCUGUGACAGUUUCUCAGUGCAAAGACUUUGACUCUCCUGUGGUGUGCCUGUGGAAUGAAUUUAAGCACAGCAAGGCAAAAAAAGGACGCUUCAAAGUCCACUUUGAAUUCUAGAGCUAGCCCAUAUUGCAUGCAAAUGGAAGUCUCAGAAGGCAAAGGGAUCAAUAGGUAUUCCCCAAAAUGCACAGCUCGGAGAUACUUGUUUCUUUAUUGUCAAAAUUAUUUGCAAAUAAAUCUUAUUUUAUAUCAUUUUCUGACA